UUUCCGGGUGAAAGGUUGCGCGUCAUUCCAAAAUGGCUGCUCCCAUGGAGUUGUACUGUUGGAAAGGCGAUUAUGGCUUACCAUCGGUCGAUGUGGAUUGUUUAACUGUGCUGGCCUAUGCCAAGUUUGCAGGUGCCCCGCUCAAAGUUCACAAGAUCACCAACCCAUGGAGAAGCCCAACAGGUACGCUGCCUGCUCUGAAGACCAGAGAAGAAGGCAGUUUAUCACAGCCGAGUAAGAUCAUCAUCCAGCUCAGGAAGCAGAAAUAUAACGCCGAUUACGAUCUCUCGGCUAAAGAGGGCGCGGACACGCUCGCCUUCGUGUCCUUACUGGAGGAGAAGCUGCUGCCCGCUGUGAUUUACACGCAAUGGGUCGACGCUAAAAAUUACGUAGACGUGACGCGGCGCUGGUACGCUGAACACACCCCGUUCCCCCUGAACUUCCUGCUGCCAAACCGCAUGCACUCGAGGCAGAUAGAGAGGCUGAGGCUUAUCAGAGGGGACGCCAUACUGGAGCCUGAGGAGCAGCUGGAGAAAGAGCUUUACCAGGAUGCGUUGGAGUGCAUGACUCUCCUCUCACAGAGGCUCGGCUCACACAAGUUCUUCUUCGGAGACUCCCCCUCCUCACUGGACGCGUAUGUGUUUGGUCACCUGGCGCCUCUGCUGAAGAUUAAACUCCCCAACGCUAAACUCCAGCAGCACCUGAACUCGUUGGAGAACCUUCAGCAGUUCUGCUCCAACAUCCUGCUGCUUUAUUUCCCCUCAGACAGCCGAGAAGCUCCGAGCAGAAACACUGCCGUUCACACCGACGCCGGUGACUUUGAUAACGAGCCGCACAAGCGGCGCAACCAGAUCCUGUCCGUGCUGUUCGCCGUGGCGGCCAUGUUGGGUUACGCCGUCCUCAGCGGCAUCGUCACCAUCCAUAGCUCACGAUCGCAGCUCGAAGAGCCUCGUCACGACGACGGAGACGAGGAUGACGAAGAACAGGAGUGAAUUUUUAUUUAUUUAGUUUUUUUUAAAUAUAUAUUAAUAAAAAGUGUAUAUUCUGAAUGAAUCCCCCUGAGCUCCACUAUUAAAGUAUUUACGAGCUUGUUGAUUAAGCAAGACACACCCUGGUGCUCAUGUUUGUGUUUUUUUUUUUUUCUUCUUCUAUUGUGUAAAGUGAAUUAUAAAUAAAUACAUUUUAGAAUAAUUAAUAUUAGCAUUAUUAUUUACGGGAUUGUUAUUCUCUCUGUUUAAGACUGACCUGUAGUGGUGGCAUCAUCGCAGCAGAGCUUUAUGUCUGAUAUCUAAUUGCAAAUGCUUCUUUUUUUUGGAGCAGUUAUCAGUUAUUAUAUACUUUUCGGGUUUCAUUAAAGCUGAUGGAUUUUUUUCAGCUGAUGAGUUGUUUUUUUAUUCUAUUUUUUUUUAAUGGUACGUUAUGUCUGAUUGAAUGUUCUACCCUAUAUAAAAAGCUAUGAAAAUGUAUAUGACUAUAAAGAACGUGCGUUAAACCAAAUCGAUGUUCUCUCAACGUCUUCCUAAUUAGAAAAAGAGCUGAUUACUAGCUACCAUGUUAACUAGCUGGUUUUCUUGCUCACUAGCAUCCUUUCGCAACUAGUCUUGCUAACUAGCUAUCAGAAUAAAGUAAUAAAAUUCCAA